GUGAUAGCAAGUGCAAAGCACACUAUAUAUAUACAGACACAACCUAAUAGGGUACAAAGAUAAGAACUAAAUAAGAGGAGAAAUGGAGACAUUGCAAAACUCAGUUGCAGUAUUUUUUGCAGUGGUUCUCUUAGUGUAUGCAUGGAAAAUCUUGAAUUGGGUGUGGUUUAAGCCAAAGAAGUUAGAUAAACGUCUCAGAAAGCAAGGUUUCAAUGGAAACUCGUACAGAUUAUUAUUUGGAGACCUCAAAGAUUUAGAGAUGAUGACAAAAGAAGCCAACUCGAAGCCCAUCAAAUUUUCCAAUGAUAUUGUGCCAAGAGUUAUGUCUUUCAUCCAUAAAACUCUCGAGAACUAUGGCCAGAAUGCAUUUUUAUGGUUCGGGCCAAGGCCUCAAUUAUUUAUCAUGGACCCUGAUAUCAUAAGAGAAGUUUUGUCGAAAAGUUAUGUUUUUCAAAAGCCGUCUCCUCAUCCAAUGGCUAAAUUGCUAAUACAAGGAUUAGUUUCCCUUGAAAUGGAUAAAUGGGCCAAGCACAGAAGACUGAUCAAUCCUGCUUUUUACACGGACAAGUUGAAGAAUAUGCUUCCGGCGUUUUAUUUGAGUUGUGGUGACAUGUUAAGCAAAUGGGAAAAGAUUGUAUCUAGUGAAGGAUCAAGUGAAGUGGAUGUGUGGCCUUAUCUUCAAACUUUGACAAGUGAUGCAAUUUCACGUACGGCAUUUGGCAGUAACUACGAAGAAGGAAGAAAGAUAUUUGAACUUCAAACAGAACAGGCCGAGCUUGUCGUGCAAGGACGAAAUUCAGUUUAUGUCCCUGGAUGGAGAUUUUUUCCUACAAAAAGAAAUAAAAGGAUGCGUAGAAUUGCUAAGGAAGUGGAAUCAUCUGUAAUGCGCAUAAUUCAAAAAAGAAUCAAGGCAAUGGAGGCGGGAGAAGCUAGUAGUGACGACUUAUUGGGCAUAUUGUUAGAAUCGAAUUUCACCGAAAUUCAGCAACAUGGAAGGAAGUCUGGAAUGAGUUUAAAGGAGGUUAUUGAAGAGUGCAAGCUUUUCUACUUUGCAGGACAGGAGACGACAUCAUCCUUGCUUGUGUGGACGUUGAUUUUAUUGAGUAAGCACUUGGACUGGCAAUCCCGUGCACGGGAGGAGGUCUUGCAAGUUUUCAGAAGUGGAAAACCCAAUUUUGAUCAGUUAAAUCGCCUUAAAAUCGUAACGAUGAUUUUUCACGAGGUUCUAAGACUAUACCCGCCUGCAACCCUGCUAUCUCGAAUGAUUUACAAGGAAACCACAAUAGGAAAACUCUCCCUACCGGCCGGAGUGCAACUCAUAAUGCCAGCACUUCUACUGCACCAUGACAGCAAAAUAUGGGGCGAUGAUGCAAAAGAGUUCAAGCCAGAGAGGUUCAGUGAAGGAGUAUCAAAGGCAACCAAUGGCCAGCUCUCGUACUUUCCUUUUGGUUGGGGACCUCGCAUGUGCAUUGGACAAAGUUUCGCCAUGUUAGAAGCAAAGAUGGCACUGACUAUGAUCUUACAGAAAUAUUCUUUCGAGCUUUCUCCAUCCUAUGCACAUGCUCCACACUUAGUCUUAACGCUUCAACCUCAGUACGGUGCACAGUUAAUUCUCUGCAAACUAAAACCAUAGAGUUUAGGCAUCAGGAUUUUGAUUCCUUUUGUCGCUCUUGCAUAUGUUUUUAAUCAUCUGAUGGUGGCCUAACUUGCUCUUUUAGUCGUAUAUGUUCUUGUUUUAUCAACACUACUAUAUGUCUCACAUUAUUUUCGGUAAGACUAAUAUUAGCUUUUUUUUUAAUUA